AUGACCUCUCCAUUCGGCUCAGACUAUGGCUCCCAGCUGGGAACAGCCCUUCUGCGCGUCUCACCUCUUGUCAUAUCGUCAGCAUCCUUGAUGUUUAGCUGGUCGCAGGACAUCUCUCUUGGUGCUUUCUUACACCCGUCCCUACGCAAUGACCCAGCCCACCCUAGUGGCAAACUCCUCCCACGAUACCUGCCCGCUUUCAUGAGUCCUGGUAUCUGGGGUAUCGGGUUAACCUACCCGCCUGCCACUGUCAUUUGCGUUAUCAAUGGGCUAAGCGGUCAUACCCGCGAGGCUCGCAACCUUUACUUCGCUGGUGCGCUGUUCAGUAUCGCCCACUUUUGCUGGGGGCCAACCAUGUUUGCUAUUCUCCGCCGCAUUGGCGAUGUUAAGUCGGCUGGCGUUCGAAACGAGGACGCGCUUAAGGAAUGGCUUCCCAAACACCGCGCACGAACGCUGCUGGUGAAUGUACCGGCCUUUCUUUGCAUUUUGGCUGCCACGUUGGUCACUUUCACGGAGGGUCUUUCAUAA